AUGGCUUGGGUUAACUGGCAGAUAAUUAAUUUGACAAAGGAGCAAGGUGGUUUGGGCGUGAAGAAUUUCAGGAUUGCUAACAAGACACUUCUUGCUAAAUGGAUAUGGCGGUACACAAAGCAAAAGCAGUCUUUACGGAGAAAUAUUGUUCAACAGAAGACUAUGGCAACCGCGGAUAUAAUUUUGCCUGUUGAAGACAAUUCAACUCAGGGUAGGAGCUUAUGGCGUAAUGUGACGAAGUUGGUGCCGGAAAUUCAUAGUUUAUUUACUUUUAAAAUUAGAAAUGGCAGGGGUGCUUCAAUUGCCCAGAUGAUUAGAGACGGUCGGUGGUGUGGUAACUUUAGGCAUCAGUUAAAUGCCAACGAACAGAUGGAAUGGGACCUGUUGUGUCGAGAUAUUGGUCUGGUACCUACUCUAGUGUACAGAGAUGAUGAAGUUGAUUUCACUGCCAACUACAGUAACAAAUUAUGCUACGAUACUCUUGCUGGAAAUGUCCCCGAGUGUUGCUUCUCAAAGUUUCUUUGGAAAAAUUACAUACCCCCGAAGGUCAAUUUUCUUCUUUGGGCUAUUUUUCAUAACUCUCUCCCUACAAGAGUUAUGCUUAGUCAUAGAAGGGUUGAACUGGACAGUACGGAUUUCCCUUUGUGCAAUAAUGCGUUGGAGUCGGCUGAUCAUCUGUUGUUGCACUGUUCUUAUUCUUUUAAAUUGUGGGAUUAUUUCAUUAAGUCUUUGAUAAUCUCUUGGCCGAUGUCUGGAAAGGUGUUACAGCUUUUUGAAGCUUGGGAGUGUAACGUUUUGGCCGGAAGAUGUAUGGAACAUUUUGCGCUAUGCCGUUAUAUGGAAUGUUUGGAAUGA